AUGUCCGGAGUGGUUGCGUCGUUCAUCGUGUACGGUGUCCUGCACAUGCGUGGCGUACAAGACCGCGAAGGAUGGAGAUGGCUUAUCCUCAUUGAAGCCUUGACAAGCAUAGUGAUUGGGUUUCUAAGAUUUCUGUUUCUUGUUCCAGGCCCCACACAGACGGCAACAUGGUGGAAUCCCAAAGGAUAUUAUACAGAAGGAGAAGGAAAGAUCAUUGUCAACUGUGUUCUGCGUGAAAGCCCCUCCAAGGGAGACAUGCGUAAUCGCCAAGCAUUAAGCUUGAAAAUGCUUUGGCAGAGUUUGAAAGACUACGACCUGUGGCUAGUCUAUGUCAUUGGCGACCUGUUCGAGAUUCCUACCUCCUCGCCGAAGGGGUAUCUCAGCUUGUCGCUGAAGGCCAUUGGAUUCGCUACCUUCCAGACGACCUUGUUGGUAGCCGAAGGCUACGAGUUCCAGGUACGAUGGAAGUGGCCCAAGAACGCCGUGGUGAAUUGGGAUAACCGGGCUACUUCCCACACUGGGAUCUUUGACUAUUUUCCUCAUCUGCAGCAUGGGCUACGGGUUGCUCCGCAAGCCGAGAAGCCCUAUCUUGACCCCAAGUCCGAGACUCGGAAGGAGGCGUUUCAGGAAGAGGAAACUAAAAAGAGUAGCUAG